UCUCCUCGCUACUCUUUCAAGUCACCUGGCACACACAUGACCUCGUGUCUCUAUCUCAAACUCGUAUAUAGCAUCUGCAUUGGAUCCAAUAGCACUCUUCACCAAGUUAGAUUUUAAGUAAGUAUUUUCAACUACCUUUCUAUUUCCUGAUCUCCAAUAAACCGAUAAACAAUCAAUUCAUUGCCUCCUCCUCUCCGGCCUUAAGCUCUCCUUUCCCCACCUCCAAUUAAGACUAAAUUUUCGGCAUAUAGUGCUACCUAACUAAAACUCCAAGAACACCAUUAUAUCAUCUCUCUCUCUCCCUCUUUCUUCCCACUCUCAGAAGGAAAUUCGACACCAUCAAAAACCAUGAAGUCCAAAACUCAUUUGUCCAUUAAUCUCAAGCUCAUCCUCCUCUGCUUUUUCUUUCUCAUCCUCCUCCUCUUGAUAGUAACAUCAAGCUUUUCACCUUCCCAGCCACCCAUUGCAGAAACCCGCCUCUCAAACUCAACAAAGCCCACCCAAGAACCACAAUCAACAGUAUCAUCGGCAUGCUCAUCUCACCUCACACCAUCUUGCAGCAAGAUCCCAACUUCCCUAGCCAACGCUCUCAUUCACUUUGCAACAACCAACAUCACCCCGCAGCAAACCUUGAAGGAAAUCUCGGUGUCAGCACGGGUUCUUGCAACGAAAUCACCAUGCAAUUUCUUAGUCUUUGGCCUCGGCCAUGACAGCCUCAUGUGGACCGCACUCAACCACGGUGGCCGCACGGUUUUCCUCGAAGAAGAUGAGUCCUGGAUCGGGCAAAUCCAACAACGUCUACCAACAUUAGAGUCGUACCACGUGGUAUACGACACCAAGGUUCAUCAGGCUGACGAGCUCAUGAAGCUUGGAAUGCACGAAGAAUGCAAAGCUGUGAGUGAUCCGAGAUUCUCCAAGUGCCAACUUUCCCUCAAAGGAUUCCCAAAUGAUAUUUAUGACAUAGAGUGGGACUUGAUCAUGGUGGAUGCGCCAACCGGGUAUCAUGAUGAUGCGCCCGGGAGGAUGAGUGCCAUAUACACGGCAGGGUUGAUGGCCAGGAACAAAGAGGAGGGCGAGACCGAUGUGUUUGUUCAUGAUGUAGAUAGAGUGGUGGAGGACAAGUUCUCUAAUGCUUUUCUUUGUGAAGGGUACUUGAGGGAACAAGAAGGAAGGAUUAGGCACUUCAACAUUCCUAGUUACAGGGCUCGCCCGGGUAGACCCUUUUGCCCGUAGAGGUUUCAUUCAUCAUUUGUCCAUUUUAACUCUUAUGUUUUUUCCUAUAAUACUUGUUUGCUCAUAGAUGCAUCACUCAAGGGAGUUGGAUCUGGGAGUUUCGCUUUGUAUGUGUAUGUAUGUAUUAUCGAUUGUUACUAAUUUUCUCAACUGGAUGAGUUGUUCUGCA